AUGAAAACUCUCAGUGUAUUAUUAUUAUCAUCAUCAUCAUUUUUUCUCAUUCUCAAUAUUAAACUCUCCUUAUCUUGUGAACAACGGAAAACUGUUGAAAACCUCGAAUAUCCACAAACCAUGUUUGUCUUUAUGCGAUCAAAUUUGAACAAAGAUUCAAGAUAUGAGGAUGAUGUGAGUUUGGACCUUAGCAUAUCUGUCUAGACACGCUGCAUUUUUAUAGGACAAAAAGAGUGUGUAUGUGUAUGAUGAAGUGCUUUGUGCGAUUCCCAAUCAAGUCGAAUUUCACUAUAAAUUUGGGUACGUUUUCAUCAGAUUCUGCAUCAUUAAUUUAAAAAUAUCAGAAAUGAGCCUUCACGUGAGUGGGAUGUGGUCAGAUCUACUGUUUGGAAUGAAGCAAACGGUUGGUUACACUAAUUUUCAGCGAUUUUCAGCAGCUCAGUGAUUUUGAGCGCAAAAUUUCAGUAUUGAAACUCUUUAAAGAAAAUUGUGCCGAAAUUUCCGAAAAAAUGAAUCAACCGGAAAAAAGCUGAAAAUAAGUUUCUAGACUGAAAUUUUGUGCUGAAAAUCAUGAAAAUACCAAUUUCUGAUAAUUUUCAGCAUUUCUACGAUUUUCAGCGCAAAAUUUCAGUUUAGAAACUCUUUAAAGAAAAUUGUGCCGAAAAGUUUCAAAAAAAAAUGGAUCAACCGGAAAAAAGCUGAAAAUAAUUUUCUAGACUGAAAUUUUGUGCUGAAAAUCAUAGAAAUACUAAUUUCUAAUAAUUUUCAGCAUUUUCACGAUUUUCAGCACAAAAUUUCAGCUUAGAAACUCUUUAAAGAAAAUUGUGCCAAAAUUUCCGAAAAAAUGGAUCAACCGGAAAAAAAGCUGAAAAUAAGUUGCUAGACUGAAAUUUUGUGCUGAAAAUUAUGAAAAUCUUGAUUUCUAGCGAUUUUCAGCAUUUUCACGAUUUUCAGCACAAAAUUUCAGCUUAGAAACUCUUUAAAGAAAAUUGUGCCGAAAAGUUUCAAAAAAAAAAUGGAUGAACCGUAAAAAAGCUGAAAAUAAGUUUCUAGACUGAAAUUUUGUGCUGAAAAUCAUGAAAAUACUAAUUUCUAAUAAUUUUCAGCAUUUUCACGAUUUUCAGCACAAAAUUUUAGUCUAGAAACUCUUCAAAGAAAAUUGUGCCGAAAAGUUUCAAAAAAAAAAUGGAUCAACCGGAAAAAAAGCUGAAAAUAAGUUUCUAGACUGAAAUUUUGUGCUGGAAAUCAUGAAAAUACUAAUUUCUAAUAAUUUUCAGCAUUUUCACGAUUUUCAGCACAAAAUUUCAGCUUAGAAUCUCUUCAAAGAAAAUUGUGCCGAAAAGUUUCAAAAAAAAAAUGGAUCAACCGGAAAAAAGUUGAAAAUAAGUUUCUAGACUGAAAUUUUGUGCUGAAAAUCAUGAAAAUACUAAUUUCUAAUAAUUUUCAGCAUUUUCACGAUUUUCAGCACAAAAUUUUAGUCUAGAAACUCUUCAAAGAAAAUUGUGCCGAAAAGUUUCAAAAAAAAAUGGAUCAACCGGAAAAAAAAGCUGAAAAUAAGUUUCUAGACUGAAAUUUUGUGCUGGAAAUCAUGAAAAUACUAAUUUCUAAUAAUUUUCAGCAUUUUCACGAUUUUCAGCACAAAAUUUCAGCUUAGAAUCUCUUCAAAGAAAAUUGUGCCGAAAAGUUUCAAAAAAAAUGGAUCAACCGGAAAAAAGUUGAAAAUAAGUUUCUAGACUGAAAUUUUGUGCUGAAAAUCAUGAAAAUACUAAUUUCUAAUAAUUUUCAGCACAAAAUUUCAGCUUAGAAACUCUUCAAAGAAAAUUGUGCCGAAAAGUUUCAAAAAAAAUGGAUCAACCGGAAAAAUGCUGAAAAUAAGUUUCUAGACUGAAAUUUUGUGCUGAAAAUCAUAGAAAUAGUAAUUUUCAUUUUUUGACAUUUGCCAAAUCGAAAUUUUUUGUAAAAAAAAACGUUUUUUAACAUGUUUCAGUGAUUUUUUCGAUUUUUAGAAAAUAACGAAUGCAAGUGGUUCAAAACAAUCAUGCGUAAAUUGAAUGAGCAGCACACUUGUCGCGAUUUCGAUUCGUGUGACAUAGAAAUCUACGAUCGUAUUGAAAUUGUAUAUUUUUUACGGAAAAACCCUGAUCCAUGCGAUUAUUUGUCAAUAUUUCGAGAAUCCAAAUUCAUGGCAAAUCUCAAUAUUGUUCAUUUUGACAAUAAGGAAUUCAAUGGGUAUGAAACUUUGACUAUUUCAAAUAUAUCAUUAUAUGAUAUUAGUGGAAAAGAUAGAGAUGACAUCAGAAAAAUGGCGGAACAUUUGUGAGUUUGAGGUAUGCUAAUUGAAAUUGUUUGUUUUUUUGCCAGCAUUGACAAUAUUCUCGAUAUUCCACCUGCCGCUGAAAAUCCACAAAUCAAAAAUCAAUGCGAUAUUUUCCAAGGUCCCAUCAGAACUCUCUCAAUGUAUCUUCUGAUUGGAGUUGCUAUCGGUGUUGUUCUUGUUUUUUCGGUCGUUUCUGUUUUUAUUUUUGUCGGUGACAAAACCGAUGGAAAACUAUUCAUAUUUUGCGAGAAAUUAAUUGAGAAAAUUAAGGAAAAGUUUGGAAAGCUGAGUAAGAAAUUGAAGAGAAAAAAGCAGGAUACCGUGAUUGAGUUUGACGAAAUAGUGACAACUGGAGCAACAACUGGAGCAACAACUGGAACAGACACGAAAAAUAUCAAGAAGCGAUCAGAUUUUGAUGAAGAUUGUAUUUGA